AUGUCCCCUCCACGCCGCACCGCAAUAAUCGGCCUCUCCUCUACCGCAACAACAAGCUGGGCCUCAGCCGCCCACCUCCCUUCCCUCAUUUCUCCGACCGGCGAGAAUCAUUUCAAAAUCACCGCACUGGGCAACAGUAGCACCGCCGCAGCAUCCAGCGCAAUAUCAACCUACAAUCUUGACGCAAAAAAAGUAGCAGCAUACGGCGAUCCAGCCUCCCUCGCCGCAGACCCAAACGUUGACCUCGUCCUCUGCAAUACCCGAGUUGAUAAACAUUCAGAAACAGUGUUGCCCAGUAUUUUAGCCGGAAAGGAUGUCUACAUUGAGUGGCCGAUCGCGUCGAACAAGAAGCAAAUCGAUGAGGUGAUUGCUGCAGCUGCUCAGGGUGGGGGCCGGGUUGCGGUGGGAUUACAAGGACGGUUUGCGCCGCCGGUGGUUCGAGUUAAGGAGUUGCUUAAGUCGAGGAGAAUAGGGAAAUUGUUGAGUAGUGAAGUGAGGGCAUUCGGGGGCACGAAUGACCGAGAGAUAUUACCUGUUGGAUUGAAAUAUUUUGCUGAGAAGAGUAUUGGAGGAAAUCCGAUCACGAUUGGGUUCGGACAUGUAAUCGACUUCAUACAGUCAGUCGUGGGUGAUAUCAUCCCCGGAACAGACAACGUCAAGCUUCAGAUCCAACGUCCCGAUGUCCGCGUUCGGGAUCCCAAGACUGACGCGAUCAUCGACUUAAUUCACUCUGAUGUUCCCGACUUGCUAAGCCUCCAAGGUUCAUUACCCGAAUCCUCAUAUGUAAAGGCAAAUGCUAGUCUUAUUGCAUACUUCCUUCGUGGCCAACCUUACCCUGGUGAUCCAUCGCUAUCAUGGACUUUGACUGGUGAAACAGGCACGAUCCGUUUGAUCUCGAUGUCUGGUAUAGCACUGCAGGCCGAUGUAUAUGCCGAUCCAGUGACUAUAGCAGUGCAUCAAUUUGAUACGAAUGAAGUGGAACAAAUCUCGUGGGACUGGGCGGAAAGACAGAAGGAAGUACCUUUUCGGGCACGGUCGGUACAACAUUCUUUAAUCAGCCUGGCAACCGGGGAUGAGACGGGAUAUGUCUCUUUGGAAGAUGCAGCUAGAAGAGCUGAGCAAAUUGAGGGGUGGUUAAGUAGGUACUAG